CACACACAAUUUCCCCAGCCUUCUCUACAAAACCACCUACCGUUAAUGACCUCAAUUCUCCAAGUCCGCUCACCAUGGCAGCCUCUCCGGCUCCAGGCAGAGAAGACGCCAUAAUGGCCGUCGAGCAAGGGCAUGUCGCGAGGCCUGGAUCACAGUCCUCGAGCAGCAAUUCGACUGACCAGGACGGGUCAUUUGCACAAAGCAGGACAAGGACGAGCGCAGCGAGUGGGAGAGCGCCUGCGUGGUGGAAGGUUAGGCUCUUUCGGGGAAUGCUUAAAGAUGUAAGAAGGAGAGCGCCCUUUUAUUGGAGUGAUUGGACAGAUGCUUGGGAUUAUAGAGUCGUGCCAGCGACAGUAUAUAUGUAUUUUGCCAAUAUUUUGCCAGCCCUAGCCUUCUCUUUGGAUAUGUUUACGAAAACCGAUAUGAGCUACGGAGUCAAUGAAGUGUUAUUAGCGUCUGUUCUGGGGUCCAUCGUUUUUGCCGUUCUGGCUGCGCAGCCCCUUGUUAUUGUCGGCGUUACGGGGCCCAUCACAGUGUUUAAUUACACGGUUUACGAUAUCAUUACCCCUACAGGCACGAAUUUCUUUGCUUUCAUGUGCUGGGUUUGCCUCUGGUCACUAGUCAUGCAUUGUGCGCUUGCAUUUACGAAUGCUUGCAACGGCCUACGUUAUGUGACGCGCUUCUCCUGCGAUAUAUUCGGUUUCUACGUCGCAUUUAUAUACAUACAGAAGGGCAUCCAAGUCCUCACACAUCAGGGCUACGACGAGGCCUUCUAUCUAUCCAUCAUGGUAUCUCUACUUGUGCUUGGCUUUGCCUACGGUUGUGGCAUCGUUGGCGAAAGCACCAUGUUCCAGCAUUACAUACGAGUCUUCGUCAAGGACUACGGCACGCCGCUCACAAUCGUGUUCUUCACUGGAUUUGUUCGUAUCGGACGCAUGGAUGGCGUUCAGCUACAAACUCUGCCAACCUCAAAAGCCUUCUUUCCGACAGCCGACCGCGGUUGGCUCAUCCACUUCUGGGACAUCUCCAUAUCUGACGUCUUCCUCGCUAUCCCUUUCGCUAUCCUCCUCACCAUCCUCUUCUACUUCGACCACAACGUCUCAUCCCUAAUAGCGCAGGGCUCCGAGUUCCCCUUACGAAAACCUGCUGGCUUUCACUGGGACCUCUUCCUCCUUGGCCUCACCACCGGCGUCUCAGGCCUCCUUGGAAUCCCCGCCCCCAACGGCCUCAUCCCUCAAGCCCCCUUCCACACCGCCUCUCUAUGCGUCACCAAGAUUGUCCCUGCCUCCGAAGACAACGAUUCCAAAGACCACCCAACAGCAGUUAUCGACCACGUCGUGGAGCAGCGCGUGUCGAAUCUAGCCCAAGGCCUUCUAACACUAGGCACUAUGACCGGCCCCCUUCUCAUCGCCCUCCACCUGAUUCCACGCGGUGUCCUCGCUGGCCUCUUCCUCGUCAUGGGUGUCCAAGCCCUUGAAGCAAACGGCAUCACGCUCAAGAUUCUCUUCCUCCUGCGCGACCGCGCGCUGACGCUGGCCUCGGACCCGCUACGCCGCGUCAGCAAGCGCGCGCUCUACGCAUUCGUAUCGCUACAGCUGCUAGGCUUUUCAGCCACGUUCGCGAUCACACAAACAAUUGCCGCAGUGGGGUUCCCGGUCUUCAUUUUUGCGCUUGUGCCGCUGCGGACGUGGGCGAUGCCGAGGUGGUUCACGAGCGAGGAGUUGGGGCUGAUGGAUGGGCCCACAGCGAGCGAGUUCACGAUGGUGAGUGUGGGUGGUAAUUUUGGGGAGGGGGAUGGAGAGGGCGAUGGGAGUGGAGUGAUGGCGAGCGCGGAGAAUACGGCGGUUAGUAGCGAUGAGGAGCUGGCGGAGAGGGGGCAGCGGGUGGGUGCUGUUGCGGCAAGGGAUUUCGGGGAUAGGGGACGCCUGGGUGAAGGAGAGAGGGUGCAGCAUCAUGGGGUUGUGGGAGAGGAGAUGGAGAUGAGGAGGUUGAGUGGGGCGGCGAGGAGGAGGAGUACGGCGAGUAGACAAGGGGCCGUGCGGUGGACAUAG